AUGUCGGCCGCGGAGAUCGAGCCGCGGCUUCUGCAGGCCAUCAAUGCGGAUCAAUCCAUCGCCGACACCGGUCCCUGGGCCGAGCAGAAUGGAUUCGAUCACCUGGCGGUGGUCGGCGUGAUGAAGUCUUUGAUAGCUGCCGAAUUUAUCGAGUCUGAGAACAUCGAGAACAAGCGGUACAAGCUUACGGAGGACUCGGAGAAGUGCAUCGGCAAGGGCUCCCCGGAGGCCCAGGUCUUCCAUGCGGUGCCUGCCGACGGCGGGCUGCCAGUCGCGGACCUCAAGCAGACGCUCGGCGCGCUGGGCGACGUCGGGAUGCGCACAGCGAUGCAGAACCGGUGGCUCGGGGUAGACAAGAGCUCAGGGCAGCCGGUGCUGGUCCGGAAGGUCGAGACCAUCGAGGACACGGUGCUGGGGCAGCUCGAGGCCGUGGCGGCGGGGCAGGAGCUGCCCGAGGACGUGGCACAGCACCUCUUGAAGAAACGCAAACUGCUGCAGCUGGAGAAGUGGCUGACGUACAAGCUGACGAAGGGUCCGAAGUUCGCGGUGGUGCGGAAGAAGCAGGCGACGGAGCUCACGGUGGACAUGCUGGCGUCGGGCGCGUGGAAGAGCGAGGACUUCAAGCCGUACAACUUUGCGGCCCUGGGCCUCCCGCCGGCGACGGGGCACCUGCACCCGCUGCUCAAGGUCCGCUCGCAGUUCCGCAAGAUCUUCCUGCGGAUGGGGUUCGAGGAGAUGCCCACCAACAACUACGUCGAGUCGUCGUUCUGGAACUUCGACGCGCUGUUCCAGCCGCAGCAGCACCCCGCGCGCGACGCGCACGACACGUUCUUCCUGACGAAGCCCGCGACGUCCGCGGAGGGCGAGGUGGCCUACCUGGAGCGCGUCAAGGCGACGCACGAGUCGGGCGGGUUCGGGUCGCGCGGCUACAACUACUCCUGGAAGAUCUCUGAGUCGCAGAAGAACCUCCUGCGCACGCACACCACCGCGGUCUCGUCGCGCAUGCUCUACGCGCUGGCGCAGGAGUGGGCCGCGCAGCAGCGCACCGCCGGCAAGGGCGCCCCGCUCAAGCCCGUGCGCUACUUCUCCAUCGACCGCGUCUUCCGCAACGAGGCCAUCGACCGCACGCACCUCGCGGAGUUCCACCAGGUCGAGGGCCUGGUCUGUGCGCGCGGGCUCACGCUCGGCGACCUCAUCGGGACGCUCAAGGAGUUCUUCGAGCGGCUCGGGAUGAAGAAGAUCAAGUUCAAGCCCGCGUACAACCCGUACACGGAGCCCUCGAUGGAGAUCUUCUCCUACUCGGAGGAGCUCGACAAAUGGAUGGAGGUGGGCAACUCGGGGAUGUUCCGGCCAGAGAUGCUGCGGCCGAUGGGGCUGCCGGAGGACGCGCGGUGCAUCGCGUGGGGGCUCAGCCUGGAGCGGCCCACGAUGAUCAUGUACGGCAUCGACAACAUCCGGGAUCUGUUUGGUCACAAGGUGUCUCUGAAUCUGAUUCGGAACAACCCCAUCUGCCGACUCGGGUUCUGA